AUGGAUCUCCCGGUGUCGACGCCUCCGACCAAAAAGCCCCGGAAAUCUACAUCCUCGAAGGACCCUUCGGGCACGCCGAAGCCACCCACAAAGCUGGGUCGGCCCCGCAAAUCUGAUCUGGCGGCCGCUUCUUCGUCGACAACCUCCGGUCCGUCGCUGGCCGUCCCCGGCAGCGGAUCGGCCGCCUCUGCCUCGUCGCUGCCCUCGACUCCCUUCACACCCAAGGGUAUCCAAAAGCCCAAGACAACCAAGCCCAAGCGCCAGUCGAGUGUUUUGUCGGCACAGGAGGAGCAGGACAACAAGUCCGAGCCCCCGGAUGAUCUCCAGCCUCCGCCAGCAUCCUCUCAUCUCGAUUCACAGCCGCCGGCCGCAUCGACAUCGGGGCUUGCACUACCAAACGCAGACGGAUCGACCCCUCAGCCCCUCGCUCCUGGGGCUUCUCAGGAAGAUGAGAAGAAGGACGAUGUUAUUGAUGAUGAGGAAGACUAUGAAGAUAUUUUGGUUCUGCCAUCUGUCGCCAAGAACGCCGAUGCGAUGAAGUCGCUCCUCGAUAGCUUUGCUCUCAAUCCCGAGGAGCUCGACCGAUACGAGGUCUAUAGACGAUCGGUCAUCAACAAAUCAACGUGCAGAAAGUUCAUCCAGAACAUCAUCGGCCACCCCCCACAACAAAGCGUCUUGACAAUUGUGCAAGGAGCCGGAAAGCUCUUUGUCGGCGAGCUGGUCGAGCUAGCAAAGGACGUCAUGGAAGAGUGGGGCGAAGAAGGCGCCAUCACCCCUGCCCAGCUGCGAGAGGCAUUUCGCCGAUACCGACAGCAGGGCGAUCGAAUGAAGGCCGUGGGGUAUCAGGAAAAGCUGCUGCUGUAA